GGGCGCCGUAUCCAAAUGAGCUGCCUCCCGGCAGCCAACCAAAAAGGGGCUUCUGGGCGUGGCCUUCCUCCACUUCCCGGGGAAAGUUUACACGCAUUGUUUUUUAAAAAAAAGGCAGCGGCCGAUGAGCGGGAGCCGGGCCUGAGCUGGUGCAAGGAGCCUCAGAUCAGGACAUCUGCUGGAAGUUCCCUCCCUAAGGCAGCACACUUGAGGAAACAUCUUUCCCCGGCAUGGGCUAUGUCAGAAUUUGUAGAGCAUGCCCCUUGUGAGAACUUUGAGGCCAAUGUGUUUGCCAAGAGCCGAUGCCAGAAUUGUUUUCGGGCAGUUGGUGCUCACCACCAGCCCAGCAACCAGGUGGCAGAGGAACAUACUUUGGAGGCCCCAUACAGUGGUGCCACCAGUGGGCCAGACCCAGGUGGACUUUGGGACCCCCUGUGUAUCUUGGCUCCCCAGUGUGAGCUGUACGUGUGUGUGGGCUUCGAGGACGGGACUGAGGGCUGGCAGGAGAGCUUGGCGUACACCCAACUCAGCAGCCGAGCCCAGGGCAAGCACGGAGAAACCAUCACCAGUACUGAUAUCGGCACCGACUCCAGCACCGGUACCGGAACCAGCACCACAUUCUCUGGGGACUGUGAAAUGACUAGGCUGCUGGACAGCAUUUUGGGAUUGGACAAACAAGACAUGAUGAAUUACGUGGGCCAGAGGAAAGAGGUGCCGAUUGGAGCCCAGCAGUCAGAAAGACCCAGGUGGGGUCAGAUCAUAUCCUGUGGAUCCUGGAGGAGAGCAGAGUCUCAGAGCUUCAUGAAAGAAAUCUCCCCUCAGAAAGCAGAAUCCAGUCCUGUGAGGCAGAGCGCUGGAGAUGGCUGGGGAAAGCAUCAGAUGGAGAGCAGUUAUUUCUCUCUGGAACGCCGGAAAUCUGACCCCACCUGGGUCGCCUCCCCUCCACGAGCCAGCCACAACGCUUUGCCCACGCUUAGUGACCCGAUAAGGCCUGGCAGGCGUCUCACUUCCUCCAUUAGCUCAUUGGACUCUGACCUACGUGGGCGCGCGAGGGGUGGUGGCGAGGGGCGGCAUGGCCGGGUGCGGCAGGGAUACACGGUGUUGGCUGAUCUGCCCAAGCCUAAGCGGAUCAGUCACAGGGAGGCAUUUGAACAGGAACGCAGCAGCUCCCGCACUCGGAGCCCAGGCCGGGCAGAGGUGGAGCGGAUCUUUGGAUACGAGCGCAGGAAGUCUGAGAUGCUGGAGGUGUUCCAGGCCCUGGAGGAGGGCCUCCUGGACCGGCUAGAUGGCAAGACCCCACUGCUGGCCAAAGAAGGCCGAUUAGGCAGGAGACGGUCCAGCCCCAGCCUGUACAGAGAGGGGAACAAGAGGCUCCCACAGCAGCUGGAGCAGCCCGACAGAGGCCGAGGAAAGGCCCUGCGCUCAGUGAGCCCGGUUUGGCGAUCAGAGGAAGACUGGAGGAGCCGAGUGGAAUCCAUGUGCCACAUGAAUACAGAUAAGUGCCUGGACAGAGAGAGGGGGCCUCUUCAGCCCUCGAAUCCUGAAAAACACACAGAUAGUAACUGGAAAAGCCAGAGGGAUUCCUUGCACCCCACAAACUCCAGGAAGAGCUCAGAUAACAGUUGGACUGGCCAAGGGGGGCACCUGUGCUCUGUGAGUCCUGGGAAGCACACAGAGAGCAACUGGAAGAGCCCAAGGGAGACCCACUCUGUGAGUCCAGUGACGAGGACUGAGAGAAAGUGGAAGGGUGCAAAAGAGCCCCUGCACCCUAUGAAUGCUGGAAAACACAUGAGUGAGCGACAGAGCCUAGAGAAGAAACGCCACCCUGUGAGUCUGGGGAAAUGCACUGAGCGUGAUCAGAAGGGCCACAGCAAAUCACUGCGCCCCGUGAGUCCAGCCAGGAAGCCGGAGAGGGACUGGAGGAGCCGGGCAGAGACCCUGCCCCCCAGGAGCCCAGCCAGGAAGCCAGAGGGAGACUGGAGGAGCCAGGAAGAGGCUCUGUACUCCAGGAGUCAAACUCAAAGAUCAGAAAACAACUGGAAGACCCAAGAGGAGUGCUUGUGCCACAUGAAUCCAAUGCAACAGCUGGAAAGGGACUGGAGAAGCCAAGGAGAAUGUCUGUACUCAGUGAGCUCAGGGCACCAACCAGAGACCAUGUGGAAAAGCUCUGUGAGUCCAAGUCAAUGGUCAGAGAGUGACUGGGAGAGCCAUGAGCGGUCCCUAGACCUAAGCUCAGAGAAGCAAUUGGAGAAUGACAGAGGCAAAGAGGAGACCCUCUUGCAUCAAUCCCAGCUAGAUCGAGGCACACCCCAACCCCUCAACAAUGCCAGCUCCAUGGGAAGCCAAGAUCUUUAUUUGAACACUAACGGGCAAUGCAAAAAGCCGGAUCUCCUCAAUUUCAAGAAGGGAUGGAUGUCCAUACUGGAUGAGCUGGGAGAGUGGAAGAAACACUGGUUUGUGCUGACGGACUCGAGCCUGAGAUAUUACAGGGACUCCAACGCUGAGGAGGCCGAUGAGCUGGAUGGUGAGAUUGACCUGCGCUCCUGCACAGAAGUGACGGAAUAUGCUGUGCAACGCAACUAUGGCUUCCAGAUACACACAAAGGACGCCACCUUCACCCUGUCAGCAAUGACCUCGGGGAUCCGGCGGAACUGGAUCGAGGCGCUGAGGAAGAAUGUGCGCCCAGCCAGUGCACCAGAUGUCACAAAGCUAUCUGACUGCAAUAAGGAAAACUCCUUCCGCAGCUGCGUCCCCCAGAAAGGCUCCCUCAGGUCAGAGGAGCAGUGGCCAGGCUUGGGGUCGGAGGUUAUCUCUAAGGGCAGUAACCGGAAGGUGGAUGGGCCUCACCACACCUUUGACUACGUGGAGCUGUCCCCCUUGCAGCAGGGCCCCUUGAAUCAGGGGUCCCUGCAGCGGACAAGAGGCAGUUUGAGGGGGAUCUCUGACCGAGUCACCAAGCAUGAGGACCUGGAACGGGACCUGGCCCUCCGCUCUGCGGAGAGGCGGAAGUGGUUCGAGGCUUCUGACACCGGGGUCCUGCAGGGCGAUGGCCCAGCAGGGGCCCUCUGCUGGAAGGCAUGUGAGCAGGAGCUGCUGGGGCCCACCCUGUCAGAGGACCAGCGCAGUCAGCUGAGUGAAGAGAUUGAGAAGAAAUGGCUGGAGCUGGAACGACUUCCCCUGAAGGAGUCCAAGCGCCUUCCCCUGACGGCACUGCUGAACCAGAGCAAGGGGGGCCAUGGAGAUACAAGGGAGGCGCUGGAGAAAGAGGUCCAGUCCCUGAGGGCACAGCUGGAGUCCUGGCGUGCCCGUGGCGAGAGCUUCCGUGACACAGGAAAAUCCCAUGGAGAUCGCCACAUGCCCCAAGGCUUCAUCUCCCAGGAGGCAUGUGAGCGCAGCUUGGCAGAGAUGGAAUCUCUUCACCAGCAGGUCAUGACUGAGCUCCAGCGGCACCAUCAGCAGGAGCUGGAGCGGCUGCGGCAGGAGAAGGAGCGGCUCCUGGCUGAGGAGGUUGCGGCCACAGCUGCAGCAAUUGAAGCGCUGAAGAAGGUGCACAAGGAGGAGCUGAACAGGGAGCUGGGCAGGACACGCAGUUUCCAGCAGAGCGGGUCAGGCUCAGAGGUCCUCCGGAGACAGCACCAGUCGGACGUGGACUCUCUGAAGCGGGAGCUGCAGGUUCUUUCCGAGCAAUACUCCCGGAAGUGCCUGGAAAUCAGCGACCUCACAGAGAAAGCAGAAGAACGGGAGCAGAUGCUGCAGUGCUGCCAGCAAGAGGGGAAGGAGCUACUCCAGCAGAACCAGGAGCUGCAGACGUGCCUGUCGGAGGAGAUCCAGAGGUUACGGACCUUCAUCACCGCGCAGGGCACAGGGGGUGGGGCCUUGCACAACGACGACAGGAGCUCCUGUGAGCUUGAGGUGCUGCUUCGAGUGAAGGAGAAUGAACUCCGGUACCUGAAGAAAGAGGUUCAGUGUCUUAAGGAUGAGCUCCAGAUGAUGCAAAAGGAUAAGAGAUUUGCUUCAGGGAAGUACCAGGAUGUCUAUGCGGAGCUGAACCACAUCAAGCUGCGCUCGGAACGGGAAAUGGAGCAGCUGAAGGAACACCUGCGCCUGGCCAUGGCAGCGCUGCAGGAGAAGGAGACACUGCGCAAUAGCAUCAGCGAGUAGAGGUUUGUUUUGCUUGAUUCCUCACUUGUGAGGAGCGGGUGGCUGCAUCCCAUCCAUUAACACCCCCUCAAGGAAAGCAGCUCCCAUGUCUUUCACCAAUCCCUAUCCCAUGCGCCUGCAUAUCUGAGCACAUCGUUUGGACUGGCUCCUACGUGCACCUUCUUCAGGAUUUUAUAUGUGAAAAGAUAUAUUUUAUAGAUACUUCACUUUUUUGUUUUGUGGGUGGGGAACAUUUUAAAUCUACAGUAUCUUUUUAACCAGCAGCUGAAGACAGAAGAAACACAGCUGUUGCUCCUGCCUCAAGUGUUCCUUGUGGGGUGCAUCUAUGGGGUCAUGAGUGGCCUUCUCCCCUCUUAUCUCCCUGCUCCUCCAGCCUGCUUGGAUGUGCUGGAAGGACCAUGCACCAUGAGACAGACUGUGGCUAGCCAUACAAGAGAACCAAUGUCCUGCACACGUUCCCCUGGACGAGGAGACGUUGGACAGAGCGUGCUCAAGCUGUUGGGGACUGUGCUCUCACUCUGUGGACUGUACCGAAGGCAGGUUUCGGUACCCAUGGACCAUGUGUCUGUCCCAGGGCAAGGCCAAUCCUCUGGAGGUUUUGGAAGAGCCUGCCUCCUGCUAACACACUCCUGAGGAGGAGCAGGGGGACUCCACACACGCCGCUGCUGCAUUCGCCGGAGCCAAACAAUGAAGGCGGCAACUGCCCUUCUGCACCGUUAAUAGUUUAACUUAAUAAAAUCUUCAACUAUCA